CAGAACGUAUCGCACAAACGCUUGACAUUAUUUUCUUCAGUCUUGAGUUCCAGGAUGAACAAGCCAAAGUACCGACAGUUAUUCUUUAUUUCCUGUAUUCUGGUUGUAGAUCAAAUUUGCUGUCUGAAACCUAGGAGCUGUACUUCAAAGAAUGCCUACGUUACCAUGGCAGUGGAUGACGUCACAGCUAUUGGUGCCAUGGUACUUCAACAAUCUUUAACCAAUACACAGACCAAUAACUGCAUUGUUGCCAUGGUUACAGACACAGUAUCUUGGUUGAUAAGAGAAAUGUUGGACGUCCGUUUUGAUAAAGUCGUUGAUAUAAAGCCAGUCAAAGUGAAGAAAGGCGACCAGCCUCCUUCGCCACUGUUCGGCAAACUCCGGGCCUGGUCGUUCAAAGAAUACGACAAAAUUGUCUACCUUCAUUCUGACACUAUUGUGUUGAGAAACGUGGACGAGUUGUUUCAGCACCCAGAGUUAUCGGCCGUGCCGGAAGCUACUUGGACUGACGUCUUCAACUCUGGCGUCAUGGUGAUCAAACCUUCCACUAAAACAUUCAAGGCGCUUAAGAACAUGGCCAAAGCAGAACAAAGUUACGAUGACACGGAUCAAGGCACGCUGAAUAUGUACUUCUCGGAAUGGCAUCGUCUGUCCUGUAUUUACAACGCUGCAGGCGACUCCCCAGAGACAGCUGUUGGAGCCUACCAUAGAUUCGGCCACAGAGUGAAGAUUGUACGCUUCAACACUGACAUGAAGCCAUGGCUGGUGUCCUUCAACCUGGAGGCAGAACAGACCGAGAUGUACGCUGGGGAGCUAGGUCUUAUCCCCGUACCCAGGCCCUUCUAUGAGAGAUGGUGGCAGGUGUUCAUGACAUCAAUCAGGCCUCAUCUUGACAAUAUUCUAAAGAAACACAACAUGGCGAUUGUUCAGGAUGGGCCUCGGAUAUUUUUAGGUGAUCCCUACACGGGACUUCAUGUUCAGGCGAACUUCUUCGUCCUGAACAACAGGUCGUACCCCAAGUUUCUCAAUGUCAAGGGGAAGGCGACCAACAACCAGUACUGUACCCAGUUAGACGUUUUCCUCUUGGACCAAAGCGCUCUCGAUGUCCGAGGAUAGUCGCAAUAAAUUUGUAUUUCGUUUCGUA